AUGGCUUCCCAGGCCCAGAACCAAAAUCUCACUCGGUCUGACUUCUUCUCCAAGUUCGCCCAGGUUUACGUUCGCCAGACGGGCCACUCGACUCUGGACAUCCUCAGUGAUGUCAUCACCGACAAUGUCCAGGCAUCUGCCCACCCGAUAGGUCCGGACUCCGUAGUCCACGACACGGCCGCGGGUCCCGGUGUGGGCGGUGCUGCGCUUGUUGCCUGCCUCCCCAAGGACCAGCUGCCGAAGGAGAUGCUGGUCUCGGACAGUGUCGCCAUGAUGGUGGCGGCCGCGCGCGAAUCCCUCGUCGCCUCCCCGCUGUCCCACGUCGAGUGCAAGGAGCUCGACUCGCAGGAUCUGUCGUCGGUGCCUGACAACUACUUCACCCACUCCAUCGACAAUUUUAGCAUCCAGACCUUUGCCCGCCCCAAUGACGCCCUCCGCGAGACAUACCGCACCCUCCGCCCGGCAGGCCUUGCCAUCGUGACUUGCUGGCGCCGCUUCGCACCCAUGUUCAUCGUGCACGCAGCCCAGAGGAAGGUUCGCCCGGACGUGCCACUCAUGCCUACACCUGGUCCACAGUUCUUCGAGGAGGGCGUGCUGCAGAAGGUGGUCGAAGAGAGUGGCUUCGCUAAGGAGGGCAUGACAAUGCUCGACAAGGUGUUGGUCGUCAAGGACGACGAAAACGUAGCUGGGCUUACUAUGCUUAUGUCGGGUCCUCUGAUGGUCAAGGCGCGAGAGGGGUUCACGGAGGAAGAGGAGGCUAGGUGGGUCGAGUCUGUUCGUCAGUCCGUGAAGGAAGAGAUAGAGCAGUUUGGGGGUAUUAGGUUCGAAGCCUAUGUCCUCUUGGCUACUAAAAGUAGAGCAACUUGA